GAGAUUGUGCUUUUAUUUACUAUUUGGUUGGAUUUUGUUCCCCUUAUUUUGCAGGUGAUUUUGAAGGGGGGGAAAGAACGUAGCACAGGAGCUACGGGAGUCAACUCAGAUUCCUCUCGAUCCCAUGCUAUCAUCCAAAUCCAAAUUAAAGACACAGCCAACAGGACAUUUGGAAGGAUAUCAUUCAUUGACUUGGCUGGCAGUGAAAGAGCAGCUGAUGCUAGAGACUCAGAUCGACAAACAAAAAUGGAAGGAGCAGAAAUAAACCAAAGUCUUUUAGCACUAAAGGAAUGCAUUCGGGCAUUGGAUCAGGAACAUGCGCAUACUCCUUUCCGUCAAAGCAAAUUAACUCAGGUACUAAAGGAUUCUUUCAUUGGCAAUUCCAAGACGUGUAUGAUAGCCAACGUAUCACCUAGCCACAUAGCUACAGAGCAUACCCUGAACACUUUACGAUAUGCUGACAGGGUCAAAGAGCUGAAGAAAGGGAUUAAAUGUUCUACCCCUAUCACAAACAGCCGUCGGACAGCUGGAAACGUAUCUCCAAAACGCGUCCAAAACUCUCCCUCUUUGCCACCUGGGGAAAAGAGCUCUCCAAAGAAAGUGAAGCUAGGCCUCCAGUAUCCUUCAAGUGCUACAAAAACAAAGGCGUGUCCUGCAGCACUCCAGCCACCAAGUGUCCCUUUCACCUCUACCCCCAGGGGAAUCAACAAAGGACAUGCCUACAAAGGAAAUCCCAGCUCACCAUGGUUCCACCACGCUAGUCCAGUUAAGGGAGUCCUACGGCUAUCGCACCCCCUGAAGAAGAAAACUGAUGAUCUGUCUCCCCACUCUGAAAAGAACCCCACUGUGAAGGAUUUCAUCAUCAAAAAUGCUGCCACGGCAGAAACAAAAGAGAGCAGCCAGAGAGACAAGUACAUGCAAGACAGACCACCUGUCCAGUGCCUGAAAGUCCAGACAGUGCAACCUGUUCAGAAACAGCUUGUUUCUAGAGAUGGUUUUUCCUUUGGAGAUGGAAAUCUGCCUUCCAAUGGCAGACAGGAGUGGGAGAACACCUUUGCUAAACAGUGUGUUGAAACCUGGACAAAUCUGCCUCCAUUUCAGAAGGAAAGGGAAGAGCAUUUACGUCUUUAUCACCAGCAGUUUCAGCAGCCACCUAUUCUACAGCAAAAAUUUAACUAUCAACCUCUUGACAGGUUUCUAAUGCAAUACAAGCCCCAGGAGAUUAAAGUGAAGCCAGAGAUGAGCCUUACUCCCACAGAAGUACAGAGCAAAGAGGGGAUGCAGCUGGAAGAUCUGGAUGACAGUGAUUUCAGUGAAGAUUCUUUCUCACCUGUCUGUAGUCAAAAAAGCGUGAAAAGAAGAAACACCAACAAAUGCAGUCAACAUUCAUUUUUCCUUCAUCAAAGAGAACAAGGAACUGGGGAAGAGCAAAAAGGCCAAAAGCGACAAGAUUUAUUUUUUAAAUAUGCAAUACCCAUGCAAGAACAAAAACUAGACAACAGCUGGGAUUGUAGCGAGGGCAGCCCAAAGACAGAGGAGGCCAUUAAAAAUGCAGGCUGCAGCAAAACUCCAUCAGACUGGAGCUAUGACUUAACUAUUGAGUCCUCUCCAAGCAAUACUGCAGAAAAACCUUACUGCCUGGAGGAAGAUCCUGCUUGUAACUGGAAAAAUGGCAAAGAUAUCCUAGCCGAUCACAGACAGUACAAAUCCAAACACAGAUGUCUCAUUUACUCCAGUGAAGCCAUCUUAACUCCAGAAAAGGAUGCUUCAACCCCAUAUGUUUCUUCUGUAUUGAAAUCGGGAAAUCCAGAGUGCAAAGAAAUUGACCUCCAGCACGAAGGGAAGGAAGAAUGCACUCUAGACAGACAGGGUGCCCUUGCAGGAGACAUAAAGUGGAAAGCUCAAAAAAAUGGAGUUAACCAUUGUGGAUCUUCCAGUUGUUCUUCAGAAUUCAAUUCUGAGCUAAUGGCCCCUCUCACAGUAUCCCUUCUUGACUAUGAGGAAACAACUAAUACAGAAAGAGCGUCUUCUAACAAAGAGAAGUCCCCCCGAGUGAAGCAGAUGUUAGACAGGAACGUACAUGGCUCCCAGAAAAGGUAUGAGGAAGAGGGCUGGCAGUGUACAAGAAGCAGAGCUCUGACGGACAGCAUGCUGGAACUGGGGGAGCAAAUGCGUCGUGGUGGAAGACACUGUGCCAUGCUGCAUUCUCCACAAAUAGGGAACAAGUGGCUUUCACCUGCCAGCCAUGAUGUGAAGCCAUGCUGCUGCCUUCUGGGCUCAGGUUCACCAAGGCAAGGAGUUGUUCACAGUUUAUUUGUUGGAUGUGACCUGACAAAAACAUCCACAGCUGAAUCCACAGGCUUCAGGGGAGAGAGGGAGGGUGGUUUGUUUCUCAGUAACUCAACGUGCAAAGAAUACUCAGGUGGCAGACAGUGUGAUGCUGAUGUUAAAGAUAAUACUGGUAAUUCAGAAAAAUCUAACUCAAAUCAAGGACCUAGUGUUGAGCUUAUGGCUCAGGAAAUAAAUGCUGAUAUACCUGAAAAGAACUAUUAUUCAGGUGCACCAUGCUUUCUCAGUGUGGGAAAUAUAGGUUAUGCAGUUCAGUCCUCUUCUCAAGAAAGCAGCCUGCUGUUGCAGCCCAAGUCAGGACUGAGGAAUGAUGACUUCAGCCAGUCUGAAGAGCCAGCCAAGUCAUCAUUCAGCAAUGAGCUAAAAAACAAGCUAAUGCAGAGUAUUUUUACGCAAGAGACUAUUGCUGCGGAUUCAGGAUCUGCAACCAAAGACAAUAAGCCAUUAGCAAAUGCAAAGACCCCCUCAGGCAUGUCCCACAGCAGCUCUCCAAGUGCUACAUCUGAGACUGGAAAAUGGCAGAGGGAAGCUCUAGAAAAGGCACAACAGGCUGUAGUUCGGGCCCAUCAGCAGCAGCUGGAUGAAAUGGCAUCCUUGUGCUUCAAGGAAGAGUGCUUGAUAAAUCAGAUGUCAGCAACGGAUUUUCCGGAUUUUAUGACCAAGCUGGAUGAAGUCUUGGUACUGAAGUCGAAGUGUAUCCAAACGAUGCGAGCCCAGCUUCAGCUCUAUUUAGCCUCUCCUGGCACUGACAUGCCCCUACAAACACCUCCAACAGUUUAG